GCCUUCACAGUACUUUACAGUCGCAGUCGGUGGGUCAGGAACAGCAGCAAUGUAUAUCAAGUUUUGCCGUAUUGCAGGAAGUGGAGUGAAUGCCAAAUUACCACAUGAGGCAAACGCAACGUUUUCGGUUGAAGUGAAGGAGCAGCAAGAGAAAGACCUGCAGGUCCUGGGGAACGUUGGUCUGUACCGCGCAGUGUGUUUACUACUGUCUGUCAUCUGUCUGGUUCUACUGCUCGUCAUCAUCAUCCUCUGUGUCAAAUUUCCAUUACAGCCUCAAGUCUGUCAUGGGACUGAAAAAGGGAUUGAGGCUAAAGAGAAGGGGAGUGUGACUGAAAAAGGGAUUGAGGCUAAAGAGAAGGGGAGUGUGACUGAAAAAGGGAUUGAGGCUAAAGAGAAGGGGAGUGUGACUGAAAAAGGGAUUGAGGCUAAAGAGAAGGGGAGUGUGACUGAAAAAGGGAUUGAGGCUAAAGAGAAGGGGAGUGUGACUGAAAAAGGGAUUGAGGCUAAAGAGAAGGGGAGUGUGACUGAAAAAGGGAUUGAGGCUAAAGAGGAGAGGUUCCAGUCCACUGAGGUGUGCAGCCUGAAGACAUGCCAAGCACAAUACUUCCAACAACAGAGCCAGGUCCCUGCCUGCCACAUGUGUGAUGAAGGCUGGCUGCACUUUGAGAGCUCCUGCUACUUCCUCUCCAGAGACAGAAUGAACUGGGACGAGAGCAGGGACGAGUGUAAGAAGAGAGGGGCAGAUCUGGCCAUCAUAACAAACAAAACAGUGCAGACCUUUCUAACGAAGAAGGGAAACCUGAUGUACUGGAUCGGCCUGAGACAGAGAACCAGGAACUGGGUUUGGGUCAACAACACUGCACUGGGACAGAGUUACUGGUCAGGAUCCAACAGACAAGGGGAUUGUGGGUUACUGACAGGAAGGGAUCCUCCUGAGAGAAGCUGGAGCUCCUCAUCAUGUGACCAGUACAGCUUCUACAUCUGCCAGAGGGGGCGCUAAAGGACAGACUUCACCAUCUGCCAGCAGUCACCAACCCUGGUCCUGGAGAGCUAUACGAUGUACAGGCUUUUGUUCCAGCCCAGCAGUAAGACACAUGAUUUAGCUAGUCAACGAAUCACCUUGAUUAGCUGAAUCAUUUAAGUGUUGUACACCAUGUAGGUCAGCAGGGUUGGUGGCCACUGCCAUAUUCCAACUAAGAAACCUGUCAAUACGGAUUCUCUUUAGACUUCCAUCUAUCAUUCACUCCUAUUCCAUAGCCUUUUAUUCCAUGAUUGCACAUCUCUAUCAACAGCCUUUUAAUUAAACCUUGAUUAUACACUUUAUGACAUACGUCUAUAUUAUAAUUCAUUAGACAUCCAGGUAUAACCAAUGAUGGUAAAUAUAAUCCCAUUACAGUUAGUUAUGCCUUGUGAAGAACAAUCAAGUCAGCCUGCCAGUUUCAGUUAGAAUUUGCACUAAUGUUAAAGAUUAACACUCUAUAUUGCACUCAUUUGCUUGUUUUGCUGAGAUGUUUUCUAUAUUUUUUCUUAAUGCCUUUGAAUGUGAUAAUGACCGACAUGAUUAUGUGCAUUAACCAAUCAUUAGGUUUUAAGUAUUGAUUCACAAUCCUGAAAGAAACAAAAGUUUAAUAUAAUUUGUCCAUGUAAUAAAGAAUCAGUUAUUAUACUGUCUCGUCAAACCUUUC